UCUUCUUACUCUCCUCUUCAAUUAUUUCUCUCACCAUGAUCGGAACCCUAACGAUCCCAAUCACGGCAACUCUCGCCGGAAAAUCCUAUUCACGGCGAUACAAACCAUGCGCCGCCGUGUUAGCCGAACCGGUGACAUCCAAAACACGAUCAAGCCACUACGAUGUGUUACGGAUCAACCGGAACGCAACAGCGAACGAGAUCAAAAAAGCGUACCGGAAUCUGGCGAAGGUUUAUCAUCCUGAUGUUGAAAAAGAAGAUGAUCGGAAGUUUAUUGAGAUACAUGAUGCUUACGUCACUUUAUGUGAUCCGGCUGAACGAGAGGUUUAUGAUUUGAAUUUGAAUAAUGGAUUAGGACGGCGGUCUGUGUGGACCGCCGGUGGAAAAAUGCGGGGGUUUUAUACUUCCCGGCGAUGGGAAACCGAUCAGUGUUGGUAGUAACAUUUUAAAAUCUGAUUGUAAAUACCGAUAUGAAAAAUAUAUAAAUUAGUUAGAUAUAAAA